CUCUUCGUAAGCUGGCGUACUAUAAUACUCAAAAUGGCUUACCGUUUCGCGUGCGUCCUGCUGACCGUGGCCCUGUGUGCCGUUCCGGCGCUCAGCUUUUCCGCCGGUGCCCCGAACGGUGCCUGCGGUGACAUGAUCCCGCAGCAUCACACCGAUCCACAAAAGUCGGCUGCCCCGUACCAGAUCAUCCUCUCGAAGAAGCAGAUUCGAGCUGGCGAAGGUGUCACGAUCACUGUGCAAGGUAACAGCGCCAAGGACACGAUCAAGGGACUGCUCUGCCAAGCGCGCGUAGGUGAGACACCGGUCGGUGCAUUCGAUGUGCCGCCGAACAACAACUACAUCCAGAAGCUGGACUGCGGCAAUUCUAAGGCGUCGGCCAUUACACACAAGAAGAUUGAAAACCCACCGAACGCCAUCACCUUCAACUGGAUCGCACCGAAGGGACUUAGCGAGCAGGCACGUGUCUACUGCACGAUCGCUCUCAACGGAGGUACCUUCUGGGUGAAGCACUCGUCCGACUUCCUGAAGGUGAACUAAGGCGCACUUUGACAACUU